AUGUCGUGUUUCUGCUCUCGCCGACGCUCCUCACGACUGCAGGCAUCACUCCAGCCUCCCACAGUGGCUGUUGCCAUCAAGGCACGGGAGGAUUUGGAGUGUCGAGGAACUGGCCCCAACCUGCGCGACCUGAGCGACGAGGUUCUUUCAACGAUCCUGCUUAGCCUCCGUGGUACUGAGGUUGCAGCAUCCCUGGGUCCAGUGGCGCGAUUCCUUCAGCAUCGUCUAGACGAAGAGGCCUCUAAUCCUCUGACAUCUCUAUGGGCAAGGUUCUUGAAGCAGGAGUUUCAUGGUGAUGAAGCCAAGGCAGAAGCGGCCAAAUCCAUCUAUAAGGUUUUGAUCCAGAGGAGACGAUGCAAAACUAUCGAGUGGCGAAAAGUUCCUUGCCAGCACACCCUCGGAGCGAGAGAAGGCUCGCCCGGGAUGUUCUUCCGCUACGGCCGUGUCUUCGUUUUCGGUGGCUGGGGGUCACAAGGUCCAACGAGUGAUCUCCAUGUGGGGCCUUUGGCAGUACCGCUUCGCUUGCAAUCCAUUCCGAUUGAAGGGCCCCCGGAAGGCCGGAGACCUCCACCAACCUACGAAGCGAAGCUCACCGUCCUAGACGAGGGCGACAUGGGCGACCACGGCGACUUCUCUGUGCGCGUUCUUGUGACGGGGGGCUACUUGCAUGGUGGCUACUUCGGUGAGAGCUCUAGCUACGGCCUCAUGGAAAUCAGUGGCAGGGAAGAUGUUGUUCGAGCGCGGUGGGUGAAGACCGGAGAGAUGACACCGCGCUCCAAUCACAGCGCCACGUACGUGCCGGCAAAGGUCGCAGGUUGCGCGUUUCCUUCGGGCUACGUGCUCGCAUUCGGGGGUAACACGAACGGGUCUGUCUCGAGCUCCCUCGACUUGCUUGAUCUAUCCUCUUUGACGUGGGUCGAAAACAUAAGCUGCGACGGUGACCCGCCAGCGGCACGGAACUCUCACAGUGCAACACUUCUUCGAUGUGAAGAAGGAGACGGCAUUCUCAUAGUGGGAGGUGGGUCUGGGGAUGAGCGGAACGGUGGACCUCCUCGGGGAGGACAAGAUUUAACAAGCCCUGAAAGUGGUGCAUACUGGCUUCUCGGGCUCGAUGGACUUGCACGCUUUAGGUGGAAGCGACAGCCUUUGACAUCCGAAGCACCGCUCGUGCAUGGUCGGGGCCAUGUUGCGGUUCCUUUGUCUGGCACUGACACAGUGGUGCUCGUCAGCGGUGGCCGCGCUCCAACUCCGCAUUGCACUGCCUUUUCAUCUUCCCAUCAGGUUCGGAUGCAGAAUGGGCACGGUCACCCAGCCCCCCGAGCUUUUGGCGGAGGCUGUGCCCUGCCAAACGGCAUGGUUAUGGUGUAUGGUGGCUGGAAUCCCAGACAAGGCACCUAUAACUGCUUUUGGGCGGCAUGCGUGGACGAGGUGGGGUCAAAGACGGACUUCUUCCAGAAGCUUGCCGAGGCGCCAGAGGAACCGGAGGUAGAGAAUGACGACUCGGACGAAGACUCCAUGUUCAGCAUUCCGAUGAUGCUCCGCAUGGCCCAGAUGGCCCAUCUGGACGAAGGCCGGCUGCCUUCUUACCCGAGGCAGCGUGAAGGCUUCGGAAGUGGAGGAUAUCCUGGCUUCUUCGAGGGCGCAGAAGAGGAGGAGGAGCACGAGGAGCUGGAAGAGUUAGACGAUGACACCGACGAGGUCACAUCGUCCAGUGAGGGCGUGGCUGAAUGGGAUUUGUCUGACGCCUGA